CUAAUCCACGAAUAUAUUCGACUGAUCAGACCUCCCCCCGCGCAGAGUACGCAAAAGAGCAGGCGAAUCCGCGGCAGCAGCAACACCAGCAGCAGCAGCAGCAAGUAAAGUGGCCGUGUGUAGGGAAACGCUUCUGAAGAAUCCAGAAGUGUGUGACGCUGGGUGAGGCUGGAGGAACGUGUGCAAGUGAAAAAGUGCUAACUAACGAGUUGUGAAGUGAGCCUUUUCGGGGCAGAAGAAAACGACUCGGAACAGCCGAUAAAAGAGGAAAUUGUACGGGCAGCGAAUAGUGACGCGUGGUGUGAGGCGCAUAGAUAACGCCGCGGUCGUGUGCAUUUUUUCCUUGCUGUGUGCGCAAAACAGCACCAGCGGCCGGAGCAGUAGCAGCAGCAGUAGCAGCCGCCGAAGGAAAAACGGAAUAAGAAGCAGCCAAAUCAACACUCAUACUCAUCCCUAAUCACGGCUCGAAAGCGGUGACAGUGUAUAGCAGCAGUAGCAGAGCAGCAAUCACGGUGUGCGGAAAGAAGCAAAGUCCUGCAAUCGCUACUUAACCAGAGAGCUUAAAGGACUUGGAAGCUUGUGAAACAACAACAACAGUUCUAGAAAAAGUCAGAGCGGAGGAAAGCAAUCCAACAUCCUCCAACACCAACUAAACAGAAAACAACAAAAAACAAACAAACAAAAUGCAAGCGAUCAAAUGUGUCGUCGUCGGUGACGGUGCCGUCGGUAAGACGUGCCUGCUUAUCAGCUACACCACGAACGCGUUCCCGGGCGAGUACAUCCCGACCGUGUUCGACAACUACUCCGCCAACGUGAUGGUCGACGGCAAACCGAUCAACCUCGGCCUCUGGGAUACGGCCGGCCAGGAGGACUACGAUCGGCUGCGGCCCCUGUCCUACCCGCAGACGGACGUGUUUCUCAUCUGCUUCUCGCUCGUCAAUCCGGCCUCGUUCGAGAACGUGCGGGCAAAGUGGUAUCCGGAGGUGCGCCACCACUGCCCGAACAUACCGAUCAUCCUGGUCGGGACGAAGCUCGACCUGCGGGACGACAAGAACACGGUGGACAAGCUGCGCGACAAGAAGCUCUCGCCGAUCACGUACCCACAGGGGCUGGCUAUGGCGAAGGAGAUCGGUGCGGUGAAGUACCUCGAGUGUUCGGCGCUGACGCAGAAGGGCCUGAAGACGGUGUUCGAUGAGGCGAUCCGGGCGGUGCUCUGUCCGAUGAUACCGCCGAAGAAAUCCAAGUGUAAAAUCCUCUAAAGGAAAUCCAUUGCCCCGUUUGUUUCUUUUUCAUGUUUUUGUUUUCUUCGUUCAUUUUUUUCGUCUUUUUAAAACGCCCGAGUGCUUUUUUGCUCCUGCCUUGCCAGGCUUGUUGUUGGCAGGCGAGUGUGUCGAAGCGAGCGGCUGGGCUGUUACCCACAACUUCUCGCCACCUACCCAAUUGGUAUCACCUUAUCCUCCCCCGUUCCGGCUGCCCAGUACAGUAGAUGCAAUAAUAUGGAGAACGCCGGCAGUGGUAGACGUAUCCUGGAAGAAUUUUAAAACCGACGGUAUAGUCGCUUUUUUUUUGUUUUAGUCUCUCCGGGAAAGACGAGGAAAUCAAAAUCGAACAUCCCCCAUCUUAUAAAAGCGCCUUACGUAAAGUAGCGUAAACAUUGGUCAAAGUAGCCUGGCGAAAUAGUCAAAGAUGUUUUACGAACCAACCCCCAUGUGUGAAGGAAUAAUUUACACUGAAAAACCCUACAAAUAUGUAAACGAAAGUGAACACAAACAUGAUUCGGUUGAUUGGAACCAACAUAAAACGAUUGAAUAUGUCCUUGGAGGUGAAAAAACAAAAAAGAAAAGAGUCAAAUACCACCACA